AUGUCAGAGAGUCAAGGUGCGAGGACGGCGGAACGUCGCAGCAUCGACGGUUCGGAACCGCUUGCAAAACGAAGAAAGAUCAGGAAGGGCACCAAGUCUUGCUGGGAAUGCAGAAAACGUAAAAUCAAGUGCCAGUUCGAUAGCCCCGAAGAUGCAGUCUGUGUCGGCUGCAAGCAGCGUGAGACUGCGUGUCGCAGUCAGGAGUUCGAUGAUAGCGAUGUUCCAGAGGCGGGACAGAAGCCAGAUCCGCCAUUGGCAAAAAGGCUGGACCGCCUUGAGCAAAUGAUGGAACGUAUCGUGGACAGAAUCGUGCCCGAUGAUGCGGACAACGCAGGGCCUAGCUCAAACCAGCAUCCGCACAGCAGGCGCAGCCGCUCUGCGUCGAUAAACGAAAGACAUGUUCGAGCAGGCCGCAUCUCAUCAAUGGAUAGCCUUGAAGCCUCCAACACUCGGGAUGGUCCUAUCGCUGCGCUUUUGGCAAUGCAAAAUGAUAUUGGUGGGCCAUCCGAGUCCGCACCUCACUCCACGCCAGUUCUCACUUCGGCGGAGUCUGCCACAUCCACUUUCCCCAUCGUUUCGACCCCAAAGGAAGAUAGCACAGAACCAUCGACGCGCUCAGGCCGAGAAAUGCCGUCUCCGAAGCACUUCUGGGUUUGCACGACUCUGCGUGCCAUCAUCCCGAAGCCUGGUGUCCUGCGAGCAAUCGUGACGGCCAGCCCAGGUGCUCCUUACAUCGCAGCUCUAUGUUAUAGCGAUGCUGAGCGACAAGACGGCAAAGUUGAGCCUGCAUCAAACUGGGCUGUGGUUCCGCCUGUGUCUUCACACCCGCUGAUUCUUGCCAGGAAGGCACUGCAAAUUCUUAUCUGCGUCCAGCAGUUACCGCCCACCUUUGACUGGAGCGCACUAGGACUUGAGUUCUCUCAAGCCGAGUCAAUACGUCGAUUAGACACGACCUGCCUGCUCGUUACUUCGAAUGACGAGCUAGUCGGGUACGCUGAGGGGAUUGAGUGCCUGAUUCUUCAUGGUUACUACCAGGUCAACGCCGGCAGUCUUCGCAAAGCCUGGCUUACUUUCCGAAGAGCCAUGAGCAUGGCGCAGAUUAUGGGAAUAGAUCGUGGUCACUCCGCAGCAUUUCGGUCGUGCGAUCCCAAAGGCGAUCCGACUCGGAGGCCUUCAGCCACCACCUUGUGGCACCGCCUUGUCUUCUCUGACAGAUACCUCUCCCUUCUUCUAGGUCUACCUGUUGGUAGCCAUGGAGAGGACAGUGUUUAUGAGGCGGAAAGGCCCCGCGCAACGUCUGUCGAGCGUCUAGAGUGGGCACAUACCGUCUAUUCGACCAAGAUCCUCAGACGCAACCAUAGCCAACAUCGGCCCAGAGCUCAGAUCACGCAAGACCCCACGCCACAUGAAUAUGCACUCACCCAAGAAAUUGAUCUCGAUCUCGAAGCAGCAGCCAAGGCUAUGCCGUUUGGCUGGUGGGAAGAGCCUAAGCUUGACCCUUUUGCUUCUCUGAACACACUCUGGGAGGCUACAGCGAGAAUUAUCUGCCAGAUGCACCACUUUACCCUUCUCAUACUUCUACAUGUCCCAUAUAUGCUUCACGAACCAUGCUCAUCACGAUAUGACCACUCCAAGAAACAAUGCCUAACUGCUGCACGAGAGUUGCUCAGCCGGUUCAUUUCGUUCCGCAACCUCAAUGUUUCAGCGUACAGCUGCCGAAGGGUAGACUAUGCAGCUUUAAUAGCGGCCAUGACACUAUGCCUGUCAUAUUUGGGCAGAAGGAAGGGAGAGGUCUGGGAGAGGAUCAGAGGGGAUAGGGAGCUAGUAGAGUCGACGAGAAGAAGGAUGGAGCACGUGGCAGGCCUGACCGAUGACAGCUUAAGCAAAGAGGCCGUGGGAAUCAUCGAGCAGCUGGCGCCCAUAAUCGAAAAGGCUGCAGGCAAACUAUCAGCCAGAGACAGGAAGGAGAUGCACUUUAACGUGCCGUACCUCGGUUCGAUCAAUAUCAAGAUGGCCAACAACAACCAAUCGACGACUUGGCAACAUCAUCAGCAGUCACCAGCUGCAGAACUUGGUCCCACACACUCGCAGAGCCAACACAAGGCAACGGCAUUUGGCUCGCUCGACCCGGCCUUUCUUUUCGACGAUGAGAUCCUCUCGCUUGCGCCUUAUGAUGACCAGGCGCCUUUCGGCUCUGGAACUGACCUGAGCGCAGAGCCCGAUCUUACUGCCGAUGGCGGGGAGUGGGCUCUUCAGGGAGUGGAUGCAGCAUACUGGUCACUGUUUGAAGGGGUGAUGUGA